CCUCACGUACGCGCGGCCGCUCAGAACCAGAGCGAAACCGCCCACUGCUCCGCUCGAUCGCGCGACGCUGCCAGCCAUACCUCUCCUAGUACACGUGCACCACACCGCCGACAACGACGACGACAACGCGCCAAGAAACCGGCGCCACGCCCAUGGACAGGGCGCCGGCAACGCAGGGACGGCGCGCGAACGCCGUGGUGGGGCGGAAGCUCGACGAGCUCUGCGCCUGCCUCGACGACGCGCUGUCCUCCCCACGGCCGCGGUGCCCCGAGGCGCUCCACGCGGAGAUCAAGGCGAGGACCGACUUCCUCCAGUCCCUCCUGGCCGCCGAGGCGGAAUGCUACGGCGGCGCGCCGCCGUUGUACCUGGCCGAGGCCGAGGAGCGCUUCGCCGUCCUCAAGAACGCAUUCCACCAGUGGGCGCGAGGUGCCGUCGCUGCACGGGCCGAGGAGGAGGAGGGGGAGCACGGGGAGGAGGCUACCGGCUCCGGGUCCGAGUGCUCGUGCACCGACUCGUGCCAGGAGGCGGCGGUGGGGGACGCCGAGUGCGAUGCCGUGGAAGCACGCAAGGAGGUGACGUCGGAUGCCGUUGCCAUGAAGCGCGACGCCGAGUGCGAGGCCAUGGUGACACGCGAGAAGGUGACGUCAUCGGAUGCCAUUGCCAAGAACCGCGACGCCGAGGGCGGGACCAUGGGAACACGCGAGGAGGUGACGUCGGAUGCCAUUGCCAAGAAUCGCGACGCCGAGAACGAGGCUGCGGCGGAGACGAGGAGGAGCAACGUCCAGAGGCGUUGGAGGCGGAGUGCCGCUUGGUGCGGCAUUGCCGGCGUGGUGGCGGUGGUCGCGGUCGGGUUGGCGGUGGAGUUGGCCGCGGUGGCGCACCACAAUGUAAAUGUUUACGUUGUUCCGACGUAG